AUGAUUGAGAUGUCUAGUCGUCAAAAUUUAUACCCUACAAUAACUGCCACGAACGAUGACAUGGAUUCUGAAUCCAAAACAUGCGGGAAAAUUUUGGUGAUGCUUUCUUGGGUCCUGGUCGUCAUCACAAUGCCGUUUUCACUCUUCGUGUGUUUCAAGGUCGUUCAAGAAUAUGAGAGGGCUGUCAUAUUCAGACUCGGUAGAUUAUUGUCUGGUGGGGCGAAAGGACCAGGCAUAUUUUUCAUUCUGCCCUGCAUUGACACUUAUGCUAGGGUGGAUCUGCGCACACGCACAUACGACGUGCCGCCACAAGAGGUGCUCACCAAAGACUCUGUGACGGUCUCCGUGGACGCCGUAGUGUAUUAUCGCGUCCACAACGCGACUAUAUCCAUCGCCAACGUCGAAAACGCCCAUCAUUCCACCAGGCUCUUAGCCCAGACCACCCUCAGGAACACUAUGGGAACCAGACCUUUGCACGAAAUUCUCAGCGAGCGGGAGACUAUCUCUGGAAAUAUGCAACUCUCAUUGGACGAAGCUACCGAAGCUUGGGGUAUCAAGGUGGAGAGGGUUGAAAUAAAAGACGUGCGUCUCCCCGUACAAUUGCAGCGCGCCAUGGCAGCUGAGGCCGAGGCGGCUAGAGAAGCUCGUGCCAAAGUCAUCGCCGCCGAAGGAGAACAAAAGGCAUCCAGAGCUCUUCGAGAAGCUUCUGAGGUCAUCGGUGACAGCCCUGCAGCUUUGCAACUACGGUACUUGCAGACCCUCAACACGAUAUCAGCUGAAAAAAACUCUACGAUUGUAUUCCCCUUGCCAAUCGAUCUUCUUACAUACUUUAUGAAAGCCAAAGAGGAAGUUUAAAUAAAUUA